AUGGCGCUACGCAAUUUUAUUGUGCGCCGAGGAGCACCAGCAGUAUUCUACAGCGACAGAGGAACCAACUUUGUUGGUGCAGAACGAGAAUUGAAGCAGGCGCUGGCAACAAUUGACCACGACAAACUAGUGCAAGAGUUUGUGAACUCUAAUACGUCCUGGCACUUCAAUCCACCGGCUGCUCCACAUAUGGGAGGUAGUUGGGAGCGGCUCGUUCGGUCCGUGAAACGGACGCUUUCGGAACUCAAACCAUCGCCGCGCCCAACUGAUGAAGAGUUGAGAAACGCACUGAUUGAGGUUGAGGGGAUUCUCAAUGCACGCCCGCUCACGCAUGUCCCUAUCGACGACACAGAUGCUCCGGCUCUCACCCCGAACCACUGGCUGUUAGGAAGCUCCGAUGGGUUCAAGCCAUGGUCUCUACUGGACGGUAAUUCCAUCGCUCUACGACGUGGUUGGCAUCAAUCGCAAGCAUUCGCCAACCACUUCUGGCAGAGAUGGCUCCGGGAAUACCUUCCGGAGAUAACUAGGCGCAGCAAGUGGCACGAAAAAACCCGGCCAAUCCAAGAAGGCGACAUCGUACUCAUCGCAGAUCCGGCACUACCACGAAAUUGCUGGCCGAAAGGGCGUGUCAUCGGCACCGUGAAUCGAGAUGGCCAGGUGCGCAGAGUAACCAUCCAGACCGCCAGGGGUGUGUAUGAAAGGGCAGCUGUACACGUGGCGGUACUCAAUGUCGGCCAUAAGAAGGAGUUGGCUGUCUCAGAGGCGGAGUCAGCAAACUGGGGGGGAGUGUCACCGAAUCCCCUCGGUGUCAGCGAAGCAACGCGUCAGAAGGGCAUUGACGCGCCGACGCGUACGCGAGAUGACAGCGAACGUCCGAAAGGAGGGAAUGGCAAAUUCGUCAGUCAUGGUGACGAGACAGAUAUUAAUGAAAACGAAGACUAA